AAUUCAUAGGCUAGGUUGGAAAUUUGGAAUCCGACCGAACACAACUGCGGGCUGAAAAUUUUUAUGCUCUUUCGUAUCUUAUUUGUUUUGUUAGCUCCAAUCGGCAAUCGCACUCCAGACAUUUAUAGAUCGAUUUCUUUGUAGGGUUUCAUCUUCAGUUUCUCGAAACCCUAGCUACAGCUAUCGACUCAAAUGGAGUCUCUCGAUCCAACUCACCCCCAAUUCCAAAAUCUGUAUCCACAAACUCUAGAUUUCGAGACUCAAAACCCCAAUCAUCCUCCUCCUCCUCCGCCUGAAGAAAAUACUAAGAAUCAGGAUCAAAUCCAAAACCUACCAGAGCCGCCAUCUGACGAUCCCAAUGAACACACCCAGAAUGGCCAGAUCGAGGCUGAUGUUGCUCCGAAACGUGAGAUUCAUAAGCCCUUGCUAUCCGAGAACGGUGCCCUCACCAACACGCACAGUGGCCCAACCGAUAAGGACUGCUCUGGCGGUGAAGAGGAGACUUCCACUCGCCGUCGCCGCCGUAGCCGGUGGGAUCCCAAACCAGAUUCCAAUAAUAACGAAAACGAUGAUUCUGGUAGUGGCCCCAAGAAGCGGAAGUCGAGAUGGGCGGAUGAUGAACCCAAGCCUCUGAUUCAGCUGCCGGAUUUCAUGAGAGAUUUCACUGGAGGUAUUGAAUUCGACCCUGAGAUCCAAGCUUUGAACAGUAGGCUUUUAGAGAUUAGCCGUAUGUUGCAAGCGGGGAUGCCUUUAGAUGAUAGACCCGAAGGGCAAAGGUCUCCAUCUCCGGAGCCUAUUUAUGAUAAUAUGGGCAUUAGGAUUAAUACUAGGGAAUUUCGUGCAAGAGAGAGACUAAAUAAAGAGAGGCAGGAGAUUAUAUCUAAGAUUAUUAAAAAGAAUCCAGCCUUCAAGCCCCCAGCGGAUUAUAGGCCACCUAAGCUUCAAGAAAAACUUUAUAUACCCAUGAAGGAAUUCCCAGGUUACAAUUUUAUUGGUCUGAUUAUUGGGCCAAGAGGGAAUACGCAGAAGAGAAUGGAGAGGGAGACCGGAGGGAAGAUUGUGAUUAGGGGAAAAGGUUCUGUGAAAGAGGGAAGAUUGCAGCAAAAGAGAGAUUUGAAGCCUGACCCUUCAGAAAAUGAGGAUUUGCAUGUUUUAGUUGAGGCUGAUACGCAGGAAUCUCUUGAUGCUGCAGUUGGAAUGGUGAAAAAGUUGUUGCAGCCUGUGGAUGAGGUUUUAAAUGAGCACAAGAGGCAGCAACUGAGGGAGCUUGCUGCACUUAAUGGGACAAUUAGAGAUGAGGAGUAUUGCAGAUUAUGUGGGGAGCCUGGUCAUAGGCAGUAUGCUUGUCCUUCCCGUACUUCGACCUUUAAGAGUGACGUGCUUUGUAAGAUAUGCGGUGAUGGUGGGCACCCAACAAUUGAUUGUCCUGUGAAAGGAACGACUGGGAAGAAAAUGGAUGAUGAGUACCAGAACUUUUUGGCUGAGUUAGGAGGAACUGUUCCUGAGUCAGCAACCAAACAGAAUCCCACAUUGGCAUUAGGGGCAGGCGGUUCUGGAAGCAAUCCUCCAUGGGCCAAUAAUGCCGGUGGUGCUGGGAUUGGCUCACAAACUGGCUUUGGUGCAAAUGGAGUUAAGCCAACAAAGGAAUAUGAUGAUACUAAUUUGUACAUUGGGUACUUGCCGCCUACUCUUGAGGAUGAUGGUCUGAUCAGGCUAUUUUCAGCCUUUGGUGAUAUUGUGAUGGCUAAGGUUAUUAAGGACCGUGUUACGGGAUUGAGCAAAGGUUAUGGUUUUGUGAAGUAUGCUGAUGUUCAAAUGGCCAAUAAUGCAAUUGUAAGCAUGAAUGGUUAUCGCCUUGAAGGCCGUACCAUUGCUGUCAGAGUUGCUGGUAAGCCGCCUCAGCCCACUGUGCCUCCAGGCCCCCCAGCUUCAGCUGUGCCUACUUACCCUGCAUCAAGUCAACCAGUUGGUGCCUAUCCGUCUCAGCAGUUUGCACCAGGUGGUCCCCUUCCAAAUGGUCCACCUACCAGCUAUGCUGCGACUCCUGUUCCUUGGGGACCACCAGUUCCACCUCCUUAUGCUCCUUAUGCUCCUCCCCCACCUGGAUCAAGCAUGUAUCCUCCUUUCCCUGGGCAACCGAUGCCACCUUAUGGUGUACAAUAUCCUCCACCAGUGCAGACAGCCCCACCUGGUGCUCCUCAGACUAUGACAUCUAGUGAAGCUCAACAAAGCUACCCACCAGGAGUGCAAUCUGAAAACAGCAGUUCUGCUCCAUCUGUACCGUCACAUAUAUAUGGGAACUCUGUGGCUUCAAUGCCAUUGAAUACUCAACCUGCAUAUGCAACUUCUUCACUAGGUUACCCAUCUUAUUACAGUGCAUUUCCUCCUCCUCCUCCCGCUGCACCUGCCUCAGCAGCUGAUAGUUCACAGGGCAUAAAUAAUCUGCCUUGGGCCCCUAAUCCUGCGGUGCCCCCUCCUGCUACUUCGGCUGAGAAGGCGAACUAUGGUGCCGAUGCUGAGUAUGAGAAAUUCAUGGCAGAGAUGAAAUAAUGCAGGUCCCUUUUCAGUAUUGUCUUCAAGUUUGGAGGACUGAUGUUUCUUGGAGCUUGUGAUCCUGAUUUCUUACCUCUUGCCAUGAAUUUGUUGGAAGUUUGGGACUCACAACUUUAACAUUGCUGUACUGUUAUGACAUUUGCAGAGAUUUGGGCUAGAAGCUCAUACUGUCAGAUUCUGAAGAGGGCUUGCCAAAGCCUUUCAAUAUGAAUAUUACUAUUUGGCACUCCAAUGUAGGAUUUUGCAUUGGUUGCUUAUGGAUGCUUUUUGACUCUGUUAUGAUGUUUUGCUACUAAUUUUUUCUUUCGUUUUCUUGUUCAUUUGAACUUCCUGGAAGUCUGGAACAACUUCGCACCAACAUUUCUUCUGUUAUGUUUUAUUUUAUUGGGGAUUGUUUAACCAUUUGUUGCUUGCUUGUGUUAGCCGAUACUUUUACCUUUGGAGAUAAUCAUCUUUAGUUGUGAGCUUACUUGAGUUUCGCUAAUCGCAUGCUUUCCUCCUGUUCAGAAGGUAAUCUUGAAAUCGUGGCAUUCAGGUUAUGGGCGGGAAGUUAUGAUUUAUUAUUUGUGGAUUGCAUUUUGGCGCUUCUUAUUUGUCUACUAUGUCAUUCUGAUUUUUUUUUUUUUUUUUGGAGUUUUAUGUGGCAGGUAGACGAAUUCAUAGGUGCAUUGAUUCUCCUUGAUAAUUUAUCAAAACUAAUGCCAACCCUCUGUAUAAAUUAUUUUUAUCUUAUCAUUUAUUUAGAAAAUAGCUUUAUAGGGGUCAAAUAGAAUAAUUGUAUUGAUUGUUGUCUUCUUGCAUUGGAAAAUUUGUUUCUGCUUAUGGUAUGGAUAGUGACAGUUGUUGCAUAGCUGCCUUAUUAAUUGAGCUUUUCAGUGUUUUGCUGUGCUAAAGUGCAUCCAGGAGUGACGGUACAGGUGAGCACUGCUUUGCUGUAGGUAUUCAAUCAUUGACUUUAGUUGCUUUAUUUUAUUUUGUUUGUUUUAGUAGUCUAUGGUAAAGCCACUUGGUUUCUGGUAUUUUUUGAGUUUUGUCAAGCUAUAGACUCAAGUGGAAUUCAUAGCAUAGAAGGCUUUGUGUCAUUAGUUUUUUUGUUGUAUUUAAUGCAAAACAAGUCUUUAAGAUGGGGUACCAAGAAGGUGAAAUCCCAGAAAUAAGGAUACAAAGAAAGAUCUAUAAUUCUUUCAUCUUGAUUCGUAUUACCUUUGAUAAGACUUCGUAUGCUAUCGGAUGCUUUAGUUGCAGGGAUGACGAGCAUUUAUGGGAUCAUUGCUAUAGGAAUCUAUCUGUCCGAUAUGGCUUCAAUAUAUGGUGCUUCAAAAGCACCCAUUAUUUUAUUUCUCCCCUUACAUACUCGCUUCUGUCAUUUGUUGUUUGCCUUUCCGCAUUAAAUGAUAGUGCUAGUCUCAUUUUACAUUACAUGCAUGCACUUUGAAAUCUACUUAAUUUUAUUAAUUUGCAUGCAUGACAUGAGUGUAUUUCCUAAUAUUGGUGAGAAGUAUGGUAAUAAAGCUGAGCUUAGUGUUCAGUAAAAGACAUUUUGUAGUAUGCGGUUGCAUUGGAGGGAAUAUUGGACGGAUGCUUUCUUUUUUAUAUGUGAGCAUACUCUUUUCAAUAGAACUAAGAGUAUAGGAAAAUUUUGAUAUCUUAGUCCGCAUCAUGAGGAAAGUAUUAAUUUCUUUUUAUUGUAGGACUUUUGUAGAAUGUUACUCAUGGACAACUGCCGUGCACAAGACUCUGUCAGUGGGCGCGGUCGAGGCAUGCAUGAUGUAUGCAGAUAUACUCUUACAUAAUAUGUGGAGAGGUUGUUUCUUAGAAUUGAACCUGUGACCUCUAGGUUACACCACUGCAACUCUACCACUAGAUCACAUACAUUGUUUUAUUCCGUUAUUCAUUAUUCUUUGAUUUAUUAGUUGCUGGUCUAUUUCGUGGUCCGGCUUGUUGGUGGAGGCGGCAGUACUUCUCCUUUAAUUGGAGAAUAUCUGAGAUUAGGAAUUUGAAAUUAUAGCCAAUAGCUAUUGGAGGCGGUCUGCAAAUAAUUGGGAUCGAGUGUUUGUUUUGGGUAGUCCAGUUUUCUGGGUUCUAGUACUUCGUAGCAGUUAGAGAUAUCUUAUUAACCUUCUUAUUUGUUUCAUAUGUUUCAUGCUUUAGUGACAAUUUUCCUGGGCCAUUAAAAACUGAUGAUUUGCUUUUUGUGUUUGUGGUAGCUUUCAGUGGAGGAGAAAAAAAAAUUUCUCAUGAAUUCCUGAACAGUUGUACUGUUUUAUUGACUUAUUCUUUUUUGCUAACAUGGUUGUGCACAAGUUGGUCAGGAUUUACUUCUUUGAGAUGCUAUGAAGUUUGCAAGUUGUGUAGCUCUCAUCCUGUUGGAGAAGGUUCUUGGUGCAUCGGCCAACAUAGAUGCCCUUUAAUAGCUUUAAUCCAGAAUUUCUUGAUCUGGCAUAGGGUGUGCCACUUGGAAUCCCAGUCUUUGGACUCUUGUAUCCUCCCGGCUUUGUUAUUUAAGGAGCUAUUUUUCUUCUGUUGA